AUGGAAGAAGAUCAAGAACUCAAACACGCGUGCAAGUUCUGCAGCAAGAGCUUCCCUUGUGGUAGAUCCUUGGGAGGUCACAUGAGGUCUCACGUGAUCAAUGUUUCAGCUGAGACAGAGGAGAAGUUUGCAACAACGAGGAAUCUUUCAUCUCUUAACAACAACAAUGAUGGAGAUCACAUAGUAAGAGAAGGUUCUGAAGCAGGAACAAAUAAUGCUGGUUAUGGUCUCAGAGAAAACCCCAAGAAAACUUGGAGACUCACAGAUUCAAGUGAAGAGACUUUUGUGUUGGACAAGUUCUGCAAAGAGUGUGGUAAAGGGUUUCACUCUUGGAAAGCUUUGUUUGGUCACAUGAAGUGCCAUUCCGAGAAAGAAAGAGUAUCCAAUAACAGCUUCGGUGAUCAAGAUUCAUGGACUAAAAAUGCUAGCCAAUCUGACAAUGAAGCCACUGCUCCAAACCGAAGGAAAAGAUCCAAGAGAAGAACAAGGUACAUGACCCCAUCAACUUCUUCUUUGUCCUUUGCUACCAAUCCUUCAUCUUCUGUUUCUGAGGCUGAGCAUGAACAAGAAGAGGUUGCUAUGAGCUUGAUGAUGCUUAGCAGGGAUUUGGGUCCUUGGGGUGGUUUGAAUUUUGUUGUUGAGUCCUCUCACAAUAACUCUUUGCACUUGGAAGCUUCAUCUUCUCUUCCCACUAAUAACAUGGUUUCUAAGAUUGAUGGCAAGAGGCUUCGCAAUUUGGUUUCUUCAAAUCUCAACUCCAAAGGUAAAAGUUCAGAACUUUUGGCAACUGAGAGUCCUAGGAUGAAGAAAACAAGAGUUUCCAUUAAUGGGUUCAUCAAGAAUGGAAAGGAUAAGAAUUUUGAGAUCGAUUCUCAGCCUGCAUUUGAUGCCAAUGGAACAGAAUUAGUUCUGUCAAACUCGGCUACUAGUAACAAGUACACUCCAAUCAAGGCAAAGCUUUUGGAUUCUGAAUCCAAAUCAAGUUCUUUGAAGAAUUGUGUAAGAAAGCCUUCAGAAGCUGAAUUCAGCAAGAACUCUCAUAAGAGAGGCAAGUUCGAGUGUACUACUUGCAACAAAAUCUUCCACUCCUACCAAGCUCUUGGAGGCCAUAGAGCUAGUCAUAAGAAGAUCAAAGGUUGCUUUGCUUCAAGAAGUGAAAACAGCAUUGAAUUUGAAGCAGACCUCUCCCCUGACCCAACAACAACAGAAAGCAAGAUCAUGAAGAACAACAACAUCAAUGAAUAUAUGGAAGAACAUGAAGUGGCUAGAGAGUCCAAGAAGAACAAAGGGCAUGAGUGCCCAAUUUGCCUCAUGGUUUUUCCAUCAGGGCAAGCCUUGGGUGGCCACAAAAGAUCUCAUUUGGCUGGUGGGUCUGAGAGUAGAAACUUUCAAAGUCAAACACUUGUACUUCAGGAAUCAGUCCCAGAAAUUAGGGAAUUCCUUGAUCUUAAUUUUCCUGCUACUACAGAUGAUGAAACCAAUAGCAAUGUCACCGAGCCUUACAGAACCUGGUGGGCACUUGGAGGUAACCACAAGCAGGAGGAGGCACUCGUUGGCCUCAUGUCUAACUAA